GUGCGGGCACUCGAUGCGCGAAGCUCCGGGAGGCCGAUUGUGUCUGGAGCGAAAUUGGAGCGAGUUGUGUCACUGACGGUCUCGGCGUCCCGAUCCGGAAUGAAUGUUUGCGAAGCAUUGUCUCUAUUUCGAAUCCCGCCUCCGGUUAUCUCUCUGAUCAGCUCUUUCCUUGACAGCCGUGCCCUUUGCCUCCUUGCACGCAUCGCGUUGCGCUUCUGGAGGGCUGAAGAUCUUCUGCUCGACUCCUCCGUAGGACCUUUGGAUCAGUGUGCAGCAAUCUGGUCUGCCGUCUCGAGCUGAUCGCGAUUCCACGCUUCCGGAACCGGGAGUCUCAUGGGGAGUUUUACAUUGGCGAGUUUCUGUGCUGGACGAAAUGUGGCAACGUGAUCCGUCGGUGAAGAAGCCGUCGUCCCACCGGAGGCGUUUCCCGCCUUGUUUGAUGUGCCUUCCGCAAGCAAAUGUCUGCCUCCUCGUCAUCAGCCAUCCCGCCGAAGGCUUAUUCACCGUUCUUGCUACUGUUUUGCUUAUGGUUAUAUCUUCUCCGUUGAAUCUUGCUGCCUGCAUGUGAGCGCUGCGUGACUCGGUAUCAUGGGCACUCUGAGCCUCGUUGACACUCGCGCGGUGGAGUAUUUUGCCCGACCAUGAAGCAGCGCCGUGGACCGAGGACGAGGAGAGAGAACCUUGCUGCAUGACAAUUGAUUGGACGCGCGAUUAGAUCUCAGCUGUAUGUAGAAAGGAUGGAGAAGAUUUGUGUAGCUAUCCGAGUUCGCCCGCCCACCAAGCCAGAGUCUCAGUCUGCCAAAGGUCACAAGUGGCGAGUUGGACCGCACAAUGUCGCUCUAUACAGCACACUGGGCACCCCUGUCAAUGGCCAGUCUUAUUCAUUUGAUCAUGUUUACGGCACAGAAUCGAAGAAUGCAGACAUUUACCGUGGACUCACCAAGGAUGUCAUCAUGUCUGCUCUUAGCGGAUUUAAUGGAACCGUCUUUGCCUAUGGACAAACCAGCAGUGGAAAAACUUACACUAUGAAGGGUACACCUGCGGAUCCUGGAAUUAUACGUCUGGCCGUCCACGACGUGUUCAGUAAAAUCCAGGAGGUAGCAAGCAGGGAGUUCCUCAUUCGAGUGUCCUACAUGGAGAUAUACAACGAGGAAAUCAACGAUUUGUUUGCUCCUGAAAAUCGCAGGCUUCAGAUCCAUGAAAACCUGGAGAAAGGGAUAUUCGUCGCUGGUCUGAGGGAAGAGAUUGUGGACAGUCCUGAACAAGUUUUUAAUCUUCUGGAGUUUGGCGAGAGUCAUCGGCAUUUUGGAGAGACUAACAUGAACUUGUACAGCAGUCGUUCACACACCAUAUUUCGAAUGGUGAUCGAGAGCAGAGACAUGACUCAAGAUGGACUUGAAGUUGACAGCAAUUCGGAUGCCGUGCGUGUGUCAGCGUUGAACUUGGUAGAUUUAGCAGGGUCAGAGCGAAUCGCGAAGACCGGGGCCGGAGGAGUUCGUCUGAAAGAAGGAACACAUAUCAACAAAAGUCUCAUGACUCUAGGAACUGUCAUCAAUAAACUGAGCGAAGGACCUGGGAAACAAGGUGGACACAUACCAUAUCGAGACAGUAAACUAACACGCAUACUUCAACCCGCUUUGGGUGGCAAUGCCAAAACGGCUAUGAUAUGUACAGUAACACCAGACGAGAUACACAUAGAUGAGACAAGAGGAACUCUGCAGUUCGCAAGUAGGGCGAAGAAAGUCACCAAUUGUGCCCAAGUCAAUGAAAUCCUGACAGAUGCUGCAUUACUCAAACGGCAAACCAGAGAGAUCGAGGAUUUAAGAUCGAAGCUGCAGGGUUUGCCGCAAUCAGAGCAUCUGGAGAAGGAGAUUUUGAAUCUUCGGAACGAGUUAUUAAAGUAUGAAUUGGAAAAAGAGAGGCUCUUCUUAGAACUACAAGAAGAGAAGAAAGCACAAAUAGAUCGCGAACGUCGCAUCAAGGAGCAAGAGCAGAAGAUCGAAAAUUUAAGCACCUUGUUUAUGAGCUCCAAUGUUGACGAUCGCGACAAUGAAAAACAAGCCAAGAAGGUCAAUCGACGGGAGACUUGGUGCCCUCGUCAGCUUAACUCGGAUCUCUCUGCGCAGGACUUCAGCUGGAAGCUAGCAGGCAAACACAUAGAGGAUGAAGCCAUGGACAAUAUUCUCUAUUCAAUGCGAAGGGACCGACACUUCGAUCUCCCGCCAGCGUUCGAUACUUUAGUGGAUGACGAAGCAUGGAAUGAUUCCAAUGCUAUCGAGGAGCCUCCGCCACCUACAGAUUUCGAGAAUAUAGCUGAUGAAGACACCUGGAUGAGUUUGAACAAGGGCCACACGACCUCCAGCACUGUGUUUACUUCUAGCUUUUUUGAACGAAGCAGAUCAUCUGGAGGAAACUCCGAAGCAGAAAAACUCGCGUCUCUUGAGGCCGAUUUAAAGAACCUUCAAGAGAAAUACGAGGACCUAAGAAGAAAUUUUGACUUGAAACUCCAGGAAUCAACGACUGAACUUGUACUCGACGUUGAAAACUCAAAGAAACGACUCGAGAAGGUGCUGGAAGAAAACGGCAGUCUCAGAUCGGACCUUAGAAAGAUGCGAAGUGAAAAUGCAGCCUUGACGCACGAAUUGAAUGCCCAGCUAGAGUCUCAAAGACGUCUAAGAUCUGCGGUAGAGGAUGUGGAGUGUGAAAUGGACGCGGCUCGUCUUCUCACUUCCUCCUUACAAGGAAUUCUCGUGGAUUCCCUUCAUGUUCAAGCUGUCGUGGUGCAGAACAUUCAAGAAUGUUUUGCGACAUCACCUCCAAAGGGACGAGUUGGAAACAGUGCUAUUGAUUACAAAGCCAAGAAAGUUCGGGAGAGAAGAGCAUUAGUAGAAAAUUCAGUUCAGAAAUGUCGAGAUAUAUGUGCAGAUGUGGAUGUUGCCGUCCAAAAUCGCUUGGCUCAGCUGAAUAUUGGGUCCGAGAGGAGUCUGGAAGCUCAUGCGUAUGAUUCUGGACGCCAAGUAAUGGAGAAAAACCCCACACACAGUGUUCCAGACACGAGAGAUGCCCAGACGCAGGCUAUGUUCGGGCCUAGAAACAAUGGGUCUGAUGCCCAAUCAAGUUCACCAUGUGAACUUACUUACUGUGGUGGUUGUGUAUCAUCGGCUCUCUCAGCUGGUAACAUGCAUGACUUUGAGCAGGGUUCUUUGUCCAAGGAACAGAACUUGAAAUGUGAAUGUGAUCUUAUUGCUGAGACACAUUCUAGGGUGAUGAAGUUGCUCAGAGGAUCAGUGGGUGGCAACGAUUAUCUAUCUCAUGUUGGAAGGGACCGUCUCACAUCUGUUAAGUGUGCAGUAGAUAUGGGUUUUGCAUCGUUCUCUCCAGAUUGUACCGAAGUCGAUGCGAAGAGUUCCCUGCAUAUCAGUACGCACAAGCAUUCUACUCCCAGUGUACACCAAGCAGGAUUGGACGGCGAAGAACCUGAAAGUAUCUGGAGGGAUUUUAUAUCCUGUCCGCAUAUUGGGUGUUCUUUUGGUACAUUGGGUAGAAAUUGUGACAGGUGUGGGCAUCAAGAAAGAGCUUUUAUAGGUGAGAACCAGAUCCCUUUAGCCAUGAGUAACUUAUGUCGUCACAUACUAAAGCUCUUAAACCCCUCUUUGAAACUUGAAGAUGUGCGUUCGGAAGGUGGAGUGCGUGACGUUCCAGUUAUUGAGGACAUCAAUCUGAAGGCACGAUUGGCCAGUGCGAAGGUCUUGACUUCAUGGUUAUUCGAAGAGUUGCGCAGUAUCCUUGCACAUGAUGUGCAUUGCUUAAAGUCACACGUCAAAGAGAGAGGUAGUGUGGGGCUGCUAAUGGAAGGACUACAGGUGAUGCUGCUCGAGAACGCAAGUUUAGCCAUCGGUCUAAUGCAAGCUACUUGCCAAGAUGAGAAUUCGAUGAAUGAUCUCAUUUUAAGACUCCAAGGCUUGAAAGACGUCUUCAACACCGUGCCAACCGUAGAAGCCGAGUUGACCAAGGCGGGAAUGGAAACGGAGAAGCACGAGCAGACAGAAACCCCGAUCCAAAUUACUCAAGUGGCAGCACCGAAAGAACAAACCUUCUCAACGAUCUCAAGCAUGGAUGCGUCAACGAAGAUCUCCCCCGGUGCAGUUCCGGCCAGAGUCUUGAAGCUUGAAGGUGUAGAAGAAAUGCUGGGGGAACUGUUGCAAUAUAGCAUGCUUCGACUUCUAAAUAGAGAACAGCAAAUGGUGAAAGGGAGCACGCUGUUUAUUGUUUUAACCGUCGGACUGCAACCCACUUCUAUAUUCUCAGAUGGACCGCUGCAGUUGCAGCUGUGCGUGGAGAACAUAAAAGAAAUAGGUUCAGCAGGUAGAUCAGAUCAUCAAUCUGAUUCUUUGAAACCAGGGGAAAUGUUUCGUCAGCAGCCGAGUCCAGGGCUGCAAUCGGGAACUUGUGUCGCAAUGACAGGAGCGGUGAGACGGGUUCGAACGAAGAAACAUGAAGUCACUGCAGCCGACAUGCAAACUUGGAACAUUGGUGGGAACUGUGACCAAAAGCAGUUAGAAGUUUCUAAUUGUGAUCAGUACCCGAAGGCCAAAACUAUACAGCAAUUCACGUGGAGAACAAUUGACUCGGAGGAAAAAUUGAGAGACCAGCUUCUGAUCGAGGUGGAGAGAGUGAAGGAGCUCGAGCGCUCACUUGCAUCUUCGGAAAUGGAGGUAGUAGAGCUCAAAAUCGAGUUGGAAGACCUGCGUUCCAGGAUGCAGAUGUGCGAGGUUACUACUCAACAUGGAACGGAGUUCCAGUUUGAGCUGGAGCUGGAGGCGCUAAAGAUUCAGUGUGAGAAUUAUGAAGAGGAAAUUCGACUGAUUUUGGAGCAAGUUCCAACUGUAGAUGACGACCUUAGGAGAGAGCGUAAGCUCAUUGAGGUCACGGAGGAGAAUGUGUUCUUGAGAAAUUGUCUUACAAAAGCUGAAAAGCGCCUUUCGCGUCGAAAGGCCCGGCGAACGACAUCUACGACAACAACACACACUCGCGUAUCGGAGGAGAAUUUGAAGGAUGAAGACGUAGCAGUUUCAUUCAGCCGGGUUCACCAUGCUGGUUCGCCUGUAAAGGUUGAUGGUCAAACUAUAUUGUCUCCUGUAGUGAACUCCGUUGACCGUCCAAGACAUGGAGAAAUAUGUGAUCAGGAUCUUAAAGUUUCUGGCCUUCUGCGCGAGGUCGAAAUGUUGAGAGAACAAUUGGCGACGCAGGACAUUAAGCCGACACCUCAAAAGCCUUCUUAUUCUGUGGUUGAUGCGCAGGCCAGGGAGUAUGAUGGCGCUUCGAAACCCGAUAUUUGUAAAACCGACAAAGGUAAUAUAACACCACAUGACUUCCCAAGGUCAGUGAGAUCUGCAUUAGGAGAACUGGAGUUGAAUGGCAGGAAUGCAAAUGCAGCUUGUAGGAAUCCCAAGAGGAGGAGGCAACAGUCCGUGAAUGAGUACUCUUCGAACAAGGAAAAUUUGGUCAAUUACCGAUAAACGAGCUGAUAUUCUCUGACAGUCAUGCAUUCACGAGAAAUGUAAAUUGACCGGUGUCUCAGAACCAAAAGACGUGCAGCUAUUAUAGCCAUCAACUCCGGGCCACAAUUUCCACUUGUACAUCACUGUAAUUUUAACGGGCCCCUGGGAGUCCUAAUUCAGUGGCCUAAUAUAGCGCACCAUGUCAACAAUCUGUAUAACAGGAUUAGGCCAUUAUGAAUGCAUCUGUCUACGGCCCUUCACGCUGAUUCCUAUUGAGGUUAAUGAUCGUGUGAUCCAAACUAAAAUAUAAAGUGAAGCAAUGCUCGCGAUAUGGAUUCGAAAAAUAUUACAAAGCAGACAUUUUGAAACUCACGCGUUGGUACACUGCAAUAUGAAAUUGUGCACGAAA